AUGGAAACUUUCGGAGUUUUUAUACAUUUUAUUUUUGUAAGCAAAGUGUUCACGGUGAUUGCAGGAAUACAUUGGUCAUAUAAAGAGGGUGAUCUAGACCAGAUGCAUUGGCCUGAGAAAUACCCGGCGUGCGGCGGGCGAAGGCAGUCUCCCAUUGACAUCCAGCGCAGGAGCGUGCGACACAACCCCCGCCUGCUGCAGCUGGAGCUCUCAGGCUAUGAGACUCAGAGGGGCAACUUCCUAAUGACCAACAACGGACACUCAGUUGAAAUCGACCUGCCCCCCAGCAUGGUGAUCACCGGGGGUCUCCCGGGCCACUACACGGCCGUCCAGAUGCACCUGCACUGGGGAGGCUGGGAUCUGGAGGCCAGCGGAGCCGAGCACACCUUGGACGGCAUCCGCUACAUGGCAGAGCUACAUGUUGUCCAUUACAAUUCUGACAAGUACAAGAGCUUCGCCGAGGCCAGAGACAAGCCUGAUGGGCUGGCUGUGCUGGCGUUCUUCUACGAGGAUGGGCAUUUUGAGAACACUUACUAUAGUGAUUUCAUCUCCAACCUGGCCAAAGUCAAGUAUGCAGGGCAAUCCAUGAACAUCUCCACAAUAAAUGUGCGCUCCAUGCUGCCAGAGAACCUGUCACAAUUCUAUAGGUAUCAGGGAUCGCUGACCACACCCCCCUGCUAUGAGAGCAUUAUCUGGACUGUGUUUGACACCCCCAUCAUGCUCUCUCACAACCAGAUCAGAAAGCUGGAGAGCACCCUGAUGGACCAUGAGAACGAGACCCUGUGGAAUGACUACCGCAUGGCGCAGCCCCUGAACGGCCGGAUAGUCGAGUCUUCGUUUCUGCCCCGUCUCGGUAGAGGCACCUUCUGUAGACAAGAAGAAAUCGAGUCCAAACUGUUGAGGAUAGAGGGUCUGAUCACAAGCCUGGGCAAGCACAUAUAUUCAAGGCCGCAAGCGCUCUCCCCGCUGGUGCUGCACUUCACGGAGCGUAACACGGGCAGCUACGCACUGGUGCACCACGUCCACCCCAUGGACCUGCACUCUUUUACGGCCUGCAUGCACAUCCGGCCCCUGCCGGGAGGGGUGCACACCGUCCUGUCCUACUCCAGCACCGGCCACGACAACGAGCUGACCGUCACCGUGGGCUACGAGGUGGGCCUGUGGAUCGGCAACGAGUUCGUCAACUUUCCCCACGUCUUCCGCUCCCGCGACUGGGGCAACUACUGCCUGACCUGGGCGUCCCACACCGGCGGGGUGGAGCUUUGGGUCAACGGAAUGGUGGGGGAGGAGCAGUACCUGCGGGCGGGGUACGAGCUGCGGCCAGGCGGCACCCUCAUCCUGGGCAAGGACCAGGACGGCUUCCUGGGCAUCUCGGACUCGGACGCCUUCGUGGGUCACAUGACGGACGUGAACGUGUGGGACUACGUGCUGAGCCCCUCCGAGAUCCGCGAGCAGGUGACCUGCGGGAACGGCACCCUGAGGGGCAACGUGCUUAGCUGGGGGGUCACCAACCUCAGCCUCUACGGAGGGGUGCGUCUCGAGACCGACCACAGGUGUCCAUGA